CUGCAUACUACAUGAGAUAGUAGGUAGCAAUAGAGAACAUCCAAUGUUGUGCCGUCCUAUCGUAGGGCUGCUGUUACUAGUAUUACCACACCACUUUCGUUUGUCCGCUUACGCUGUCUCUGUGUCAUAUUUUUGGCUGAGGACUCUCUCACGUCGUCCACCCAUGAGUUCACCACUACUUGUAGCACCACCUGGCGUGCCUCGCGAGGGCAAGGCGACAAAUUUAGUAGUAGUCUAUCCAGCCCCACUGCUGGAAGAUCGCAACAAGUAGUACCUACCUGGUGGAGUCAUGGUGGUGACAUGGA